AUGGCAGCUCAUUCACUAUCCAGCGCCGUUAAAUCUCUUAGCUUCGCCGCAUCCAACAGUCUUUCUGGUUCCAUUGUCUUAAGGAGGAGUUACGUUGCGACAGCACCAGGAUUCAGUAAGGGAGCUUCCACCAGAGUUACCGUGGGGAAGAUCAAACAAAAAGCAUAUCAAGAGGCAGAAUCUGCAUGGGCUCCAGAUCCAGUUACGGGAUACUACAGACCCUCUAAUCGUGCGGAUGAGAUUGAUCCACCGGAGCUCAGAGAGAUGCUUUUGAAAAAUAAAGCUAAGCCUUUCUGA